CUCUUUAAUUUUCACAAUAUCAUCAUGAACAUCACCACCACCACCACCACCUCUGAUCCAAAUUCUAGCACCGGGCGGUUCCUCGGAUCGGAACAAAUCGGUGUUUCCGCUACCAUUGUUCUACUAUUUGCAACCAUAACAAUGACUUCAUAUUUUUGUACUCGAAAACAAACACCACAAAAUCGCGAUGAAAAUAAUUGCGCGGACGUGGAAAUGAAGAUUGAUAUUGAAGCAACACUUUUGAGUUACCCUAAGUUGUUAUAUUCAGAAGCUAAGGUCAAGUAUUAUACUAAGGACUCAUCAUCAACAACUAGUACUUGUUGUUCAAUAUGUUUAGGUGAUUACAAUGAUAAUGAUAUGCUAAGGUUGUUACAAGAUUGUGGACAUUUAUUUCAUUUGAAAUGUGUCGAUCCUUGGCUUAUGUUGAAUCCAACUUGUCCAAUUUGUAGAACAUCACCAUUGCCAACACCACAAUCUACUCCUUUGGCUGAGGUUGUUCCUUUGGCUUCUAGACCUUCGGGACUGAUGUUACAGUAAAAAUUCUGACUCUGCUACUGACUUCGAUCUUAUUGGCUCAAAGUUUUAUAUUGCAUGCUUGGUACCAAAUUCUUUGGUGUUCUUGAUGACAAGUUUGUAAGUGAGUUAUAACCAAU